AUGGCGCCGGCCCCAGCAGCAGAUGCAGCAUCAUCCAUGAAGGAGCAGCAGAGCACAUCUGGGCAAGAAGCUAGCAACUCGACUGCCAUCCAAGACCAGCAGAGCAGUCAGAGUGCUGCUGGGCCUGUCAGCUCUAUCGGCCAUCCUCCGGCCCCGGAGUCUCUGCCUCUCCAGCCUGGGCACCCUCCUGUGCUGGAUCCUGCAUCAGUGCCUGCCGCGCCAGUCACACAAUUGGCUCACCAGUUUCCAGCACCGUCCCCGCCUCCCUCAGCGUUCCCUGCCCCGCCCCCACCCCCGCCCGGCGCCGGAGUCUUCAUGCCAAACCAGACCCUCUCCUUUGCCACCAUCGACGACGCACUGGCCGCUUCGCCAUACCUCAGCAGCCUGCGCAGUCUGCUGCAUGCGUUCCCGACACAGUGUGACAUUUACUCCAGCGUCACCAACUGCACCCUCUUUGCAGCAACAGAUGCCUCCUGGGCAGCCCUGUCCUCCUACCUCGGCAAGACUGUGGACCAACUUGCCACCAGCCCUGUCAUGACACCGCUGCUCUACUACCAGUACAUACCCAAGGUCAGCCUCAACAUCAGCGAUCUGCAGAAUGGCGUUGCCUACCAGACCAGCCUGUACGACCAGCAGCUGACGGUGAACAAGCAGCCUGCAGGAUUUGGCGGCACCAGUGUGUUCAUCAGCCCCAGCGGCAGCCCCGAUGCCUUGGUGAUCCUGGGCGACAUUGUGGCUGCGCACAGCCGGCUGCAUGUCAUCCGCGGACCCCUGAUCCCCACCAACCUGGUUGGGCCGCUGACUGGCAACCCACCUCCGCGCAUCCCUGUGUAUGUCACCCAAGGCCCCUGA